AACAACGGUCUGACGUUAUCCCCUUUGAAAUGGCGUUGAUGGCCUCAAAGGCGAUGUUACUUUUAAUCAUUGCUGUCGUUUAGACUGCUUCAGCUUUCUUUCUUUUUAGCUUCAGCGUCAAUAUUUUGAUCAGAUUUUAUUAUGUUGGAAUUUUUAAGUUUAUAAACAAAAAUGUGGUAAAGCAAAUUAUUGAUAUUUGGUGUUACAUAAUAAGGCCGCAGCUGCCCCAAGCUUGCGUAGAGAUUACAACCGCCUUUCAAUGCUAGGACUAGCAUCAAAGCUACAUAUCGGUUCUGAAGGAAAACGAGCUGACAGUGGCUAUACAUAAAUACUUUUCAGUGCAUUUGUAUAUUACUGUUAGAUUCUCUGACUUGCCACUCUCCUGAAUCAGAUUUGGAAACCAUUUUUUGUUUUAUGUUCUUUUAUAUUUUAUAAAUUCGUCCUUAAAACAUGGCAUCAGUGCCAGUGUACUGCUUGUGUCGACUCCCUUAUGAUGUGACACGAUUCAUGAUUGAAUGCGACAUUUGUCAAGACUGGUUUCAUGGAAGCUGUGUUGGAGUGGAAGAGGACAAAGCAGCUGAAAUUGACCUGUACCACUGCCCAAACUGUCAGGUCACACACGGGCCAUCUGUCAUGCGCAAACGCCGUGGCGGCAAUAAACAGACAGAUGGAAGUGCUGCAGCAUUAAGAGAUCCAAGUCGGCCUGUAAAGACGGGAAGUCCACAGUUUGUCAGAGAGCUGAGGAGCCGUACAUUCCCAAAUGCAGAUGAAAUCUUGCUAAAGCCAUCAGGGGCACAACUGACUGUGGAAUUCUUGGAAGAGCACUCAUUCAGUGUCCCUGUCAUGGUCUUGAGGCGCGAUGGGUUAGGCAUGACCCUUCCUCCAGCUUCGUUUAGCGUUUCUGAUAUAGAGCACCACAUUGGUCCAGAUAAAGAAAUUGAUGUGAUUGAUGUGUGUCGGCAAUGUGAUCUGAAGAUGAGACUAGGAGACUUUGUUGAAUAUUACAACAGCCCUAACAGAGACAGGGUACUCAACGUCAUUAGUCUGGAGUUUUCUGAGACUAGGCUCUCUAACCUGGUAGAAACUCCCAAAAUAGUGAGGAAACUGUCAUGGGUGGAAAACCUCUGGCCUGAAGAGUCUGUUUUUGAGCGCCCUAAUGUCCAGAAGUACUGUUUGAUGGGAGUAAAAGACAGCUACACAGACUUUCACAUUGAUUUUGGAGGCACCUCAGUAUGGUACCAUGUCUUGAGGGGGGAGAAAAUCUUCUACCUGAUUUCUCCAACUCCAGCCAACCUGGCCCUAUUUGAACAGUGGAACUCCUCUUCUAACCAGAAUGAGAUGUUUUUUGGAGACCAGGUUGAUAUGUGCUACAAGUGUUCCGUGAAACAGGGAAACACACUGUUCAUACCAACUGGAUGGAUUCAUGCAGUGUUGACUCCAGUUGAUUGCCUGGCUUUUGGAGGAAACUUCUUGCAUAGUCUCAACAUUGAUAUGCAGAUCAGGGCUUAUGAAAUAGAGAAGAGGUUAAGUACAGCAGAGUUGUUUAAAUUUCCCAACUUUGAAACAGUUUGUUGGUAUGCUGGCAAACAUCUGCUCGAUACCUUAAGAGGUCUGAGGGAAAACCGGAGACACCCUGCGAGUUAUCUCAUUAAUGGAGCCAAGGCCUUGAAUAAUUCCUUCCGCUCCUGGACUCGUAAAGAGGCCUUAGGAGACCAUGAGGUGGAGAUUCCUGAGACCAUCAAUACUCAGACACUCGUGAAGGACUUGGCCAAGGAGAUUCGCAUGGUUGAGGACAUCUUUCAACAGAAUAUUUCCCGCUCUGGGUCUCAGUUUCCUGGUGGACCAAUCUCAAAAGCUCCUCUGAGCACCUCUCAGAACUCUGGACGCCCCCCUGGAAAAAAGAAAGGGCCAAAACCCAAGGAUGCAACGGUGGUUCUUGGGUCCCCAGCAACCAAAAAGAAGAGUCAGAAGGGUUUAACUAAAGUAGAGCCAGGAGAACUCGAUCUUAUUGAGAUUCAUACCAAACAUACUCUCAAAAAAUUUCAGCCUGGAAAAUCCAAACACAAGAACAAGUUGGAGCUUCCUAUUGAUGAUUUUGAAGGGAACCUCAAGAAAAGUAAACUAAAGCUUGUGUUGACAAAUGGAAAAAUCCAAGGUAAAAAGGACGGAAGUAGCAAUGGAGCCGGAAAUGCUCGGAACUACAAGCAUCUCGCCACAGAGGGCUCCAGUCUUUCUGAUUUGGAAUCAGAGGAAGAGUUGCAGAUUGAUGAGACCCCACCUCCACGGCGCAAGUCUGCAGGACUUGACAAGAAAAAGAAACUAAUCGGUCUUCCUAGAAAGUUACCUCGAGCAAAACCGUGUUCUGAUCCCAAUCGCAUUAGAGAGCCAGGAGAAGUUGACUUUGAUAUUGAGGAGGAUUACACCACUGAUGAAGAAGCAAUGGCUGCUCAUGGAGUGCAGGGAGGUGCAGGAGGCAUCCUAGACUUAUUAAAGGCCAGCAAGCAAGUUGCCGGCUUAGAUUCUGCAACACUCAGUGAGGAAGCCCCAGCCUCUCCCAGCACUCGAGACGCGAUACAGGGUAUGCUUUCUAUGGCCAACCCUCCUUCCUCGUCAUCCUCCUCCUCUUCUUCAUCACCCGUAUCUAUUUCUGGGGGCCUAACAGAAGGAUUAGGGGUCAUGAAGGAAAAGGGAGGUAGAGCCAUUUGGGUAACUGGAGGGGUAAAGAAGACAGCAAAUCCUGAGAAAAAACCUGUCAUCCAGCGACCUGGAAAAAGGACGAUUAAAAGGCCGGCGCGUCAUCUCAGUGAUGAAGACAGCCCAGAUGAGCAAGAGACAUUAGGAACCUGUUUUAAAGAUUCUGAUUAUGUGUACCCUUCCUUGGAGUCAGACGAGGAAGAUUAUACCAGCAAAACUAAGAUGAAGCGUAAAAAAAAUUGGGACGACACACCUUGGAGCCCAAAAGCACGAGUAAUGCCUACUCUUCCUAAACAAGACAGACCACCCAGAGAAGGAGCUCGAGUUGCUUCCGUAGAAACUGGCCUUGCGGCUGCUGCCGCCAAGUUGGCUCAGCAGGAGCAACAAAAGCCUGCGAAAAGGAAGUACAGCAAAAGACAACGGCCUCCACCUGUUGCUCCACCUCCUCCUGUGCAGAGUGAGCCUGCCCCGCCCUCACCUACACCAGUUUCAGAGUCUGCAGAAGAUGCCAGCCCUGACAGAAGGAUGGAUUAUUACUCUGCCAGUCUGCUAGACCAUGAAUACACAGCUGGACCAGGACCUUUUGGCUCUGGAGGUCCACGAGGCAGCGGAGCCAUGGCUCCUGGUGUGUUUUUAACUUCUCGAAGACAUUCCCUGUCACCUCAAAACACCAGUUCCCAUUCAGGUGCAUCCCCUGCUGGUUUAACCAGCCAAGGGGUAACAGGAGUUGGUCAAGGCAAACGUCCAAAGAAAGGACUUGCCACUGCAAAACAGAGACUUGGAAAAAUUCUGAAAAUUCAUCGCAAUGGUAAACUACUCCUCUGAGAGAAAUGGGAUUAAAGACCUUGUACAAAUGAAAAAAUACCUUUUUCAAGUAAGCUUGAAGGAUAUAAUUGUCUAUAUUUUUUACUUUUUAUAAAUGUAUUCACUCUUUUUAAUUAAUAUUGAACUCAUAUCUUGUCCUUCACUAGUUACUUUGUUUGCACUUGUGUUUAACUUUGUCAAGGCAUUUUCAAAGACAAAUAUGACAUUUAAAGGGCUCUUACGCACUAAACCAACAUCAAAAAGUCAGCUAACACAACAAAAGAAUCAACAGUGACUUGUCCUUUAGGGAUUAAUUACAAAGAUGUAACUUGAAUCUGGUAAAAAAUUUAAAAAAUAACUUAAACCUGCUUUACUGUAAGAAAGCACAGUUUCGUUGUGUGCUAGAGGACAGAGUUUUGUGCUAAAAAUUGAGAUGAAGUCUGUAUAUUGUUUUUAGGUUAGAUAACAUGCAAAACCAAUAAAGCUUGUAGUUCAUUUAAUGUUUUAAUUACAAUUAGUUUUUUUUAGCCAAUCAGUUCAAAUUAGCUUCAUUCUUUAGAUUUGUAUGGUAAACUUAAUCUGUUCUUUAUGAUACAAGUGAAAAACAUUUGGACUAUAAAACACUGUUAAUGGAACUUCAACACAUGGAUAUUAAAGAAACGGUCAAAUAUUUGGUUGAAAUAUAUUUGAAAAAGUUAGCUUAUAGUUUUGAUGUUUUAUUACAAACCAAAGAGAGCAAAUCACCAACUUUUUUUUUUCAACAAAUAAUUGUUGGCUUGGUGUAAAAGGCCCAGGUAAAGAGUAUUUUUUUUUUGUAUAUUUGUGUAGUAAUUCAUUUUAAAACAUUUGAAAAUUAUAAAAAUAAUUUGAAAAUAUGUGGAUAUUUUACAUUUGUUUGUUUUUUUUAUUUCAUUUUUUUCUUUUUUGUUGGCAGUGGUUAUUUUAGAGCUUGUAUUUACAUUGUACGACACGUUUGGCAGUUUUUAAAGGGAAAGAAAACAUGUUGGACUGAGUAUGUCUCUAGGUACUCUUUAUUUCGUUGUAGACCAUAUUUUUAUUUACAUGUACAAAGUCAUUGUAAAGAAUGAUUUCAUGUGGAUCUAACUUUUACCAUUUUAUUUUUUAUGAGUGUUAAUGAAGGGCAAAGAAAAGGUAGCAAAACUCCACUUUAUGCAGACAGAUCUUCAUUUUGGGAGCUCUAAAUGUGAGACCACGCUAUCAGAAUUUUAUUUAUUUUUUUCAUAUUUAUUAACAUAGAGUUUUUGAGGUAUUUUUUUUUGUUUUUUACAUGUUUUCUGUACUGUAAUUAUUUUUAAACCAAUUUAAACAUACAAAUUCCCACCCAUGACAAUGUAACAUGUUUUAACAAGUUCUUUGAUUGUGAUUGUAAAUAUUUGUAAAAAUAUAUAGAUAUAUGUGUAUAUGUAAAUAUACUGUAUAUCUUCUUUGAAGAACAGUUUUUUUUAAUUGGUGGAUAAUGAUCAUUUUUUUCAGCAUGUUGCCAUAAUUGGAGCAUUGAGUGGCAUUGGCAGCACCCUUGGGUCAGAUGUAAUGAUUUGCUUUCCUAUUAUAGAAUGUACUAACCAUAAAAUCUUGAAUGAAACAACAGUCAAAUGAAUAAUUUCAGUGAGGAUUGUAAAUAAAUGUUUAAACCUCAGUUUCUUUUGUAGCUAUAAAGAACUUUUCAAAAUAACUUGUACAUGACACAACACUGUAAUAGGACUCUUUUUUUUUUUUUUUUUUUUAUACAUAUUUGUAUGCCGUCACUGUUAUUCUUUGUUCAUGCUAGUUAGUGUAAUAUUGAAAGUUUGCUUGAAAACAAAAUUGCCCUUGAUAAGUUUAGUUAAUUUAGUUUCCUGAUAGUUUUUUAUAGUCUCAUUUGUGUUGUAUUACCUGUAUCUGAAACAAUAUGUUUUUAAUAUGAUUUGGAAAAAGAUAAACUUAAGCUUGGGCUAAAUCUGCACAUCUGAGUUUUUUUUUUAUGACAAAAUACCCAGAAAUGUUUUAGUGGCUACGUCAGGGGUGUUUAAAAGUUCACUUGGCGUAUCAUUUUUUAUAUAUAUUUCUGUAAACACUGUAAUGUGUCUAUAAAUAUGUAUUUGUACCAUAAAAUUAUUUGUUUUUGUA